AAAUAGAGAUAUAUUCAUAUUCCACUGUUUCUAGGUUUUUCGAUAGUUGGUGUGCAGUUUUUGUCGUUUUGAUGCACUCUGAACCUAUCAGAGUUUGUUAUAUUGCCAGAGAAUACUAUCUCUUAUUCUAACCCGUAUAGUAUCCCCCACCUGCCAAAUAAUGCAGAAUAUCUCCUAUUUAAAGGAAGGAUCGAAUUGUACACCACUUCAAUAGGGAUACAAAGUGAUUCACAAUUAUACAUAAUACUUGCUGUUUGAGUUGGUUGAUGAAAGUGAAAUGCUUUGGUUCCCAACUCAUUAGGAUGAAUAGAAUUACUCACUAAUAGCGAUAUCAGUAUUGUUGAUGAUAAAGCUGAAAUCCAUAAGAAUGGACUCUAUGGGAAUGAGUAGUUGUCCAAUAUCAAGCUGUGAGACAUAUCUGGCUGAUUAUUUGUUGGAGGCAACAAUCAAACUAUUACUUUUCAGAUAUAUAAAUAGAAGAUAGACAUUGAUAUCUAUCUAUCUAUCUAUCUUCUUGAAUACCUUACUGAAGUUGUACUUACAAGAUAUCGUGAAUGACACGUACACUUGGAUCACCUGAAGAUUUCGCGUGAUAUCAAUCACAUUCAAUCCAUAGAACGAAGUGGAUAAAAUGACCAUUCGUUCUUCCAAACCGAGGAUUUCUCGAAUAUCCGGAGCAUUGGUGAAAUCGAUGGUAUGUGGGGACUGGAUAUAAAUACAUCCAUAACUCGAAGCCUUCGUAGAUAUCGAGAACGUAGUAUCGGUCAUGGUGUUGAGGAUGGCAUUGAUUUGACCGAUCGUGUAGUAUCCAGGAGGAAUCAUUAUCUCUUCGUCAUUGAGUUGGUGACCACAUUCGUAGAAUCCACAUUGUUGAACAUGACUUGA